UCCUCACUCUUGAUUUGUGGAUCCUCAUCACCGUUUGUGUGCUCUUCUUCUCCCUCUGACUCUUACAUUGUCUCUUCACCCUAGUCAUCUUUCAUCUCUCAAGCUUCUUUUUUAUCUAUCUUGCGGGCUCUCGCUCUCUUCUCUCUCUCUCUCUCUCGCUCAUAGAUCGGUGGGUUGCAUUUGUUAAUUGGGAUAUUUUAUUCACAAGGUUUUCAUCUUGAUGCAAGUAAAACAGUUGAUCAGUUCCCUUUGGUUUGAGUUCAAGUUGAAAUUGACAAGAUGGCUGGGCAAUCAAACAAUGAGCUCUCACUAUUUUCAGCAGAGGAGCUUGAGUUCAUUGCCGAGGAUGAGAUCGUGGACAUUGUACCCAAUCUCAAAAUGGGUUCGCUUAAUUUCAUUUGUGGAGAUUUUGGCCCAUUUACACCACAGAUUCUUACUCAAGUACCAUUAUGGCUGGCCAUUGCUCUCAAGAAGAGAGGCAAGUGCUCCAUUUGUCCUCCCCAAUGGAUGUCUGUUGAGAAGUUGACUCAAGUUUUGGAGGCAGAGCGAGACUCUCAAGAAAUGUCAGAUCAAUUGCCAUUUCAUUAUGUAGAGAUCUCCAGACUUCUUUUUGACCAUGCUCGUGACAACAUUCCUGAUGUAUAUAUGGUGAGGUCUCUAAUUGAGGACAUCAGAGAUGUAAGGUUUCAUAAAGUUGAAACUGACUUGGAAGCAUUUAAUGGUCGCACAAUUGCUGUUAAGAUUAAAAAUUUAUCUGCAAUGGAAGUGAAUAUUGUUCGACCAUUUGUUGGAAGAGCUUUACAGGCAUUUUAUAAGCAUGAUAGUCCAGAGUUGAUACCAGACCCAGAGAGAGUUUCUGACAGACGGCCGCAAGUUGUCAACAAUGCCCCAAGAAGGCAACUACGAAGAUAAUCAUGUAUAACCUUUUUGGUUACAUCUCUGAUCUCUGCUAGAAUCGUAACAGCUGCCCAGCCAAAGGUGCAUCUUACCGAAUUCAUUGUAAAAAGGUAGCAGACACUUUAGUUGAAUCUUUAGAAUGCAACAUUAUUCUCUCAAAAUUUUCUUAUAAUUAUUUGUUAAGAAUUGAAAAACAAUGAACUUCAUGGGGAUUAAUAUAGUUACGUGCCCCUGCUACUUGUAUGUUAUUUUUAUUAAUAGUGUUAUUUUAUAAG